AUGGCCAGUGCCGGGGCCAAAAAAUCAGGCCUAGGCACGCAGGGGGCCUAUACGCUGACUGCCCUCCUGUUCUGCCUGCACUUCCCGCCACUUCAAGCCCAGGACACCGUGCCCAACCUGUUGGAGAGUGGGUGGGCAGUUAGGGCGAGUGUCUCUGCAGCACUCAAAGGAUCUGCCCCCAACAGGUCUCACGACCCAGCUGACUACCAGAUCCUACUAGGGUACAACCAACUGAGCAACCCCAGUAGUGUGAGCCUGCAGAAGAGUGUGCACAAGGUCUUUGUCCACCCAGACUUCGACAAGCAUCAUUUCUUAGGGAGCGAUAUCACCUUGAUGCAGCUGUACAUACCUGUGAAGUUCAACUCCCACAUUCUACCUGCCUGCCUCCCACAGAGCUCUGUAAAGCCGGACCCUACAGUUACCUGCUGGAUAAGUGGCUGGGGGAUGAUAACUGAAGAAAAAUUCCUGCCACAUCCCAUGCAACUACAGGAGGCAGAGUUCACUCUUGUACCCAUUGAUGUCUGUAAAGCCUAUUUCAAACCUUUCAACAAUCCUCAGACUGGCGCAAAACCUGUUGGUAUACACGACGAUGCAUUGUGUGCUGGGGACCCAAGAAGUGAUAGGUCCAUCUGCCGAGGAGAUUCUGGGGGUCCCCUUGUCUGCCCUGUGGAAGGUAUUUGGUACCUGAUUGGACUGACCAGCUGGAGUGAAGAAUGUCGUUCUCCUGUUGGUCCCAGUGUCUUCACCAAUGUCAGCCACUUUGUCAAAUGGAUUAAGAAGCAUAAGCAGGAGAAUCCUGCACCUGAUCCUGGCCAGGCUCCUCCUGCAGAAAAGCCACCUUCUCUGAACCCUGAUUUAUCUAGAGGCCCUGUUCUGAAGCCCUGGAUGACUGCACUGCUGUCUUCUCAGUUCCUCCUGCUAUGGCUGAUUUCAUUCAAUGCUCGGUGA